ACGAGAUCCAACAUUCACUUCUUCUUCAUCAUCCCAAAGUCAACCCCAACCUCCCAAACUCUUGAAAAGCUGAGCCACUGCAUCUUCUUCUAUACUACGAGUGAAUUGGCUCCGCCAACUGCAGCGAGAAAUGGAAUCCUCCGUCGCCACUACUGCAUCUUCUUCAACUACGCCGCCGACUGUUGUUCUUACGGCAGGGGAUUACGAGGUUUUCAUGAGCUUCAGGGGUUCCGAUGUUCGCAACAGGUUUGCCGAUCAUCUCUACACCUCCUUAACGCGUGCCAAGAUUCGCACUUUCAGGGACGAGGAAGAGCUCCAGAAGGGGGAAGGGAUCACGCCUUCCCUAAUCCGGGCCAUCCCGGAAUCGAAGAUCUACAUCCCUAUUUUAUCCGAGCGGUAUGCUUCUAGCAAAUGGUGCCUUCUCGAACUGGCUCAAAUGGUGGAUUGCUGGAAGCAAGGGAAGGGAUAUCUCAUCCUCCCCAUUUUCUACUUAGUUGAUCCCAAAGAUGUGCGGCAUCAACAAGGUCCUUAUCAGCAAGCCUUCGAAGAGCAUGCCCACAAACAUAGCUCCCAGAAUGUGAAUGCAUGGAAGGAAGCACUAAAUGAAGUCGGACAAUUGAAAGGAUGGCACAUUACAGAAUCCCGCGGGGAGGGCACUGUUGUAGGCGAGGUCCUUUCUAAAGUCGAGUCACAUUUGGGGAGCAUGUACACAUUGGCGACCGACGAGUUGGUGGGGAUCGACACUCCCAUGGAAGAAGUGAUGAAAUUGUUGAAUUUAGGGUCAUCCAACGAGAAAGUUAUCGUUGGCAUUCACGGUAUGGGUGGUAUAGGUAAAACUACGCUAUCCAAAGCUGUCUAUAACAAGAUUUUUGUUAAAUUUGAUCGUUGUUGUUAUCUAGAAGAUGUGCGAGAAGCUCUAGCGAAGAGCGACGGAGCUGUAUCUCUACAGAAUAAGGUUAUCUCUACUGUUUUGAAAGUGGAUCGUUUGGUUAGAAGUGUUAGUGAAGGAACCAAUGUGAUAAAAGAUAGGGUUUGCAAGCACAAAUUACUUCUUGUUAUUGACGAUAUAGAUGACAAGUUUGAAUUUGAUAAGAUUCUAGGAAAAUUAGAUGAUUUUUCCUCGGAUAGUAGAUUUAUAUUUACAACAAGGUAUAGGAGGGCUUUAGAUUUUAUUCCAGAUUGCAAAUUAUAUGAACCAGGAGAAAUGAGUUCUCAUAUUUCCCUGCAACUUUUUAGCAAAUAUGCUUUUGGGAUGGACCAUCCACCAGAGGAAGUUGCGGGAAUAUCUGAGGAAUUUGUAAAAGUUGCUACUGGGCUUCCUUUAGCUCUCAAGGUGAUAGGGUCACUUUUGUUUCGUAGAGAGAAGAAAUUUUGGGAAGAAAAAUUGAUAGAGUUACAAGGCAUUCCUUCCACUACCGAAAACAUGGUGCAAGAAAGAUUGAAGAUCAGCUACAAUGACUUGUCGCACAAUGAAAAACAAAUCUUUCUUGACAUUGCCUGUUUUUUUAUUGGUAGCCACAAAGAUUUACCUUAUUACAUGUGGAGUGGCUGUAACUUUUAUCCAGAAAGUGGGAUCAGCACUCUUAUCCACAGAUCUCUGAUAAAACUUGACGAAGCAAACCUGUUUUGGAUGCACGAUCACAUCAAAGAUCUUGGGAGAGCCAUUGUGAAAGAGGAAGAUGUCCGACAUACAUACAACCGUAGCAGGAUAUGGUCUACAGAUGAUGUCCUCGACAUGUUGAGAAAUAGCGAGGGAAGUGAACGGGUGGAAGUUGUUCGAAUAGAUGUGAAAUCUAGAGAUGAUCAUGACAGGGUGCUUAAAAGCAAGAAAUUUGAGAAAUUAUCAGGGUUAAGAUAUUUGGAGGUGCAAUAUGGACGCAUGAUGGGAGAUUUUAGCCAGGUCCUUCCAAAUAUAUGCUGUCUUCGAUUGUGCCACUGCGAAUCUAUCCCAACCAAUAUUAACGCAAAGAAAUUGGUAGUACUUGAUUUGCAGCAUUCCAAUAUAAAGGAUGACUGGAAGGGUUGGAGUAGAAUAAAGACUGCAGCAAAGCUGAAAGCAGUAAAUGUACAGAGUUGCUUGGAGCUGAAAACAACUCCCGAUUUGUCCACAUGCACUAGCCUUGAGUUCAUAACCUUUACACGUUGUUACAAUAUGAAGGGACAGAUGCAGAUUGACAAAUUCAAGAAUAUGAAAACGCUGAGAAUCUAUAAAACCCGCAUAACAGAGUUGGUCGUCAGGAGCGGUGACAUUGGAAAGUUUCAACGACUAGAGGAGAUGGACGUGAGUUGGACUGAUUUGAGAGAAUUGCCUGCCGGGAUGGAAAUCUUAUCGUCUCUCAAAAUCUUGUCGCUAGGGUCGCCACAAUGGCGGACGAACAGCCUGAUGGUGAUACCCAUGCUUCCGAGGAGUUUAAAGAGGUUAUCCAUCGUGUCUUCAUCAUCGGGGGUUCCAAAUCUGCUAGAGCUCAAGGAGUUGGAAUCCCUGAGUUACGGUAAUGCUCCUUGGAUUCCAGGAGACUUGUGGAAGCUUCCAAGUUUAAAGGAAUUGAGUGUGGAGUACUCUCCUAUCAGUGGUCCACUGCUGCAGCAGGAACAGGAUAAGGAGGCAACUUCUUCCCCUGCUGCUCUGCCCACAUCUUUAACCAGCCUUCACGUCGUUUAUUGCCAGCAAUUGAAUGAGCUUCCCAGCCUAGCAAAUCUGUCCAAUCUGACCCAUCUCACAAUCUCGGAAGUCGGGGUGGCUGAGAUUCGGGGCCUGGGAGAGCUGAGGGCGCUGGAGACUAUGGAGAUAGGUUCCAGGAAUCUAAACAACCUCGACGGACUUGAGAAUCUGCUCCUCCUCAGGACCCUGACCUUGAGGUCUGCCAAGCUGGAGAGGCUACCGAGCCUCGCGAAUUUGAGAAAUUUGAAGGAUCUUGAGGUUUCCUACUGUCCAUAUAUCAUUGAAAUCCAAGGCCUGGGCAGCCUCGGGGAGUCUUUAUCCCGUAUGACGAUCAAAAAAUGUCCCAGCUUGGCUAACUUGGAUGGACUUCAACUUCUGGAAGCAUUAGAGGAAUUUACUUUUGACGAACAUUCCUUCGGCCGGAAGUCAUCUCUUGAUCUCUCCGGUCGUCUCCACAAACUGAAACGGCUGAACAUCCUCCGGUGUCCAGAGUUGACCGAGGUGAAGGGGCUGGAGAGGUUGGUGUCGUUGGAAUGGCUGACCAUGGAGGGUUGCGGUUCGAUUCGACGGUUGCCGGAUCUGUCCGAGCUCAACAACCUCAAGGAAUUGAACCUCUGUGGCUGCCAGAACUUGAUUGGUCUCACGGGGAUCCACAGAUUGGAGUCGUUGAGGCGGCUACUGCUGUCGGAGUGCUGGUCGAUUGCAGAGCUGCCGAACUUAUCCUGUCUCAAUAAUCUGGAGGAGCUUGAUAUUGUGGGGUGCAGGGAGUUGGUCGAGGUCAAUGGACUUGAUGAGCUGGAGAAGUUAGGGAAGCUGAAAAUGGGGAGAAGGAUGAGAGUGAAGUGUUUCGCCAAAUUGGCGGCUCGAUAUGGGAAGCGGCUUAGCUGCACUAGUCUGUGGGUAAACGGUAAGGAUUAUGAAACAAGAGGUAAGAAAGCAGAGUAAAUCGAUUCAUUUGAAAGAAAUUGAAAGGGUGAUAUGUAAAUCGAUUUUUCAUUUAUCUUGCGUAUACAAUAACUCGAUCAUCAACGACGUUAUAAGCACUAACAGUUUUAGCGAUGGAAUAACAUGGACUAAAAGAUUUUGCAUUCAU